CCGCUGUGGGCCGCACACAUUCCUGGUAGCAAGGGCCACCCGGUGGGCGGGGCUGAGAGCCGAGCCACCUCCGCCAGCUAAACGCCGGUACCCGACUCCCCCCUCCGCCGCCGGACUCGGAUGGUGAAUCCCGGGAUCCCAGGUAAUGGCUGCGGAGUGAACGGCAGCCGCGCUCAGGAGUAACAGCGAAUGGUUCCCUCCCCCGUGGGAUCCCCGUGACAGGUUUUAACAUUGAAAUCCCACCAUGUCAUUGAGGCCACGAGUAGUGGAUUUUGAUGAAACAUGGAACAAGCUUUUAACGACAAUCAAAGCCGUGGUCAUGUUGGAUUACGUUGAAAGGGCAACAUGGAAUGAUAGGUUUUCAGACAUUUAUGCUCUAUGUGUCGCAUAUCCAGAACCGCUGGGUGAGCGACUGUACACAGAGACAAAAAUCUUUCUAGAAAAUCAUGUUCAACAGUUGCAUGCGAAAGUCUUAGAGUCGGCAGAGCAGGUGUUGGUAAUGUAUCACAAGUACUGGGAGGAAUACAGCAGAGGGGCCGAUUACAUGGACUGUUUAUACAGGUAUCUCAACACGCAGUUCAUUAAAAAGAAUAAGCUUACAGAGGCUGACCUGCAGUAUGGCUAUGGGGGAGUGGAUAUGAAUGAGCCGCUGAUGGAAAUAGGUGAAUUAGCACUUGAUUUGUGGAGGAAGUUGAUGAUUGAACCUCUUCAGGGGACCCUCCUUAGAAUGCUUCUUAAAGAGAUUAAAAGUGAUCGUUGUGGGGAAGAUCCAAAUCAGAAAGUAAUCCAUGGGGUUAUUAACUCCUUUGUUCAUGUUGAACAGUAUAAGAAAAAAUUUCCCUUAAAGUUUUAUCAAGAAAUUUUUGAGUGGCCUUUUCUGGCUGAAACUGGGGAGUAUUACAAACAAGAAGCUUCAAAUUUAUUACAAGAAUCAAACUGCUCACAGUACAUGGAAAAGAUUUUAGGUAGAUUAAAAGAUGAAGAGAUUCGGUGUCGAAAGUAUUUAAACCCUAAUUCCUAUACUAAAGUGAUUCACGAAUGCCAACAGCGAAUGGUGGCUGACCACCUGCAGUUUCUGCACGCAGAAUGUCACAAUAUCAUCCGACAAGAAAGGAGAAAUGACAUGGCCAAUAUGUACACCCUUCUUCGUUCUGUAUCAAAUGGUUUACAUCAUAUGAUUCAAGAGCUUCAAUAUCAUAUCCACGAUGAAGGCCUUAGAGCAGUUAGUAAUCUUUCUCAGGAAAACAUGCCCACUCAGUUUGUGGAGUCUGUCUUGGAAGUCCAUAGUAAAUUUGUCCAGCUUGUCAACACUGUUUUGAAUGGAGAUCAACAAUGUAUGAGUGCACUAGACAAGGCUCUUACGUGUGUUGUAAACUACAGAGAACCUAAAUCCGUCUGCAAAGCGCCAGAACUGCUGGCCAAGUACUGUGACAACAUGCUGAAAAAAUCAGCCAAGGGAAUGACUGAGAGUGAGGUGGAAGACAAGUUAACAAGUUUUAUUACUGUUUUCAAGUAUAUCGAUGACAAAGAUGUUUUCCAGAAGUUCUACGCUAGAAUGCUGGCAAAGCGAUUAAUUCAUGGUUUAUCCAUGUCAAUGGAUUCGGAAGAAACCAUGAUCAACAAACUAAAGCAAGCCUGCGGGUAUGAGUUCACCAGCAAGCUGCAUCGAAUGUAUACCGACAUGAGCGUCAGUGCCGAUCUCAAUAAUAAGUUUAACAAUUUCAUCAAAACCCAAGAAACCAUGGUAGACCUGGGUAUUAGCUUUCAGAUCUAUGUAUUGCAGGCAGGUGCUUGGCCUCUGACUCAGGCACCGUCUUCUACUUUCGCCAUCCCUCAGGAACUGGAGAAGAGCGUGCAAAUGUUUGAAUUAUUUUACAACCAACACUUCAGUGGCAGAAAGCUGACGUGGCUGCACUAUCUAUGUACAGGUGAGGUGAAAAUGAAUUACCUUUGCAAACCAUAUGUAGCCAUGGUGACCACGUACCAAAUGGCUGUCCUGCUUGCCUUCAAUAAUAGUGAGAGUGUCACUUACAAAGAGCUUCAAGACAGCACACAGAUGAAUGAGAAAGAGUUAACAAAAACAAUAAAAUCUCUCCUCGACGUGAAGAUGAUCAACCACGAUUGUGACAAGGAAGAUGUAGAUGGCGACUCAACAUUUUCACUAAAUAUGAGUUUCAGCAGUAAAAGAACAAAGUUUAAAAUCACUACACCUAUGCAGAAGGAGACACCACAGGGGUCACAACCCACCUGCGCUGACGAAUCUAUGCUUUGGAGAGGAGAAAGGCGCUUCUCUCUGGAGGUGGAGCAGACACGAAGCGCUGUGGACGAAGACCGUAAAAUGUAUCUUCAAGCUGCUAUUGUUCGCAUUAUGAAAGCACGCAAAGUACUGCGGCACAAUGCUUUGAUUCAGGAGGUGAUUAGCCAAUCCAGAGCCAGAUUUAACCCAAGCAUUAGCAUGAUCAAGAAGUGCAUUGAAGUCCUUAUAGAUAAGCAGUACAUCGAACGAAGCCAAACCUCUGCAGAUGAAUACAGUUACGUUGCAUGAUGCUAUCGUCCAGUUGGCAUAUGGCAGAAAGCAUCACCGUUCCUGUUUUGGUGUGCUCUUGUUGAGAGAAGCAGCAUUUUGCCUCCAUAAUCUGUCACCUGGCAACCCCUGUUUUUCUGCUGUUUACAACAUCACCAGUGCCACGUCAUGAGCGUCUGUGAAAAUGCCUAUAAAUAUUUCAGGCUCAUGCCAUCUUGACAUUUCUUACAACUCUAAACUAAAAUGAGCAAAGUAUUUCUGGAAUGUGGAUUUUUUUUUUUUUUUUUUUUUGGCCGGGUAACUUUUUUUUUUUUUUUUUCCUCCUUUCAUCGCGUUUGCAGUUGAUGUUUUUUUUUUUGUUUUUUUUUUUUUUUUUGUCCUUUUGGUUUUUUUUCUUUCUCAUUUUUUAAUGUAUCUUAAAGAACCUAAAGUAAGAACUCAAUAUUGUAAUAUUACAGAUAACCUAUUAAUUGUAUCUACUUUAAGAUGUACAAAAAAAUGACAAACAUGAUAUCGCUGCUUGUCAGAUUAAAAAAAAAAUAAACGUAUUGUGUACUGACAUUAAUAUUUUAUGGGCACAUGCUGUGUGCAGUGAAUAUAAUGUAUAUUCUGCACAAUAUCUCUUAACAUUAAAGGCCGCGCCAUCCUUUGGCUUUUGAA